AUGGCAGAAUACAGGUUCUAUGCUCGGGACUUAGUAUGGAUUCCUUUCUCUGAGAGACAAAAACAAAAAUUUAUAAAUGAUCCUCCUCAUCCUGUACAUCCAGAUAUACUUAUUACUAAACUUAGACCAGGACAGGAAAUAGAAUUAUAUGGAUAUUUAGAGAAGGGUUUAGGGAAAACGCAUGCAAAAUGGUCUCCUGUUGCUACUGCGGUGUAUAGACUUGAACCUGAAUUCGUAUUUAAUACACCAAUUAAAGGAGAAGAAGCAAAAGAAUUAAAAGAAUUAUGUCCUAUGGGUGUCUUUGAUAUAGAGGAGACAAUCUCUAUUGAAUCAACUUGUUCUAUUCCUGCACCCAAACUAUUCAAGAUGGCUGUAGAAGUAUUAAAAGAGAAGGCCGUCACCUUCAGGGAAAUUAUACGAACUAAACAACUUGAAUAA